CCCCAACCCAUUAAACCCUCCUUUUUUUUUAAGAACUUUUGAGACGGCUUUAUACUUUUUUCCUUUGAGCCUAGCUAGAAUAGAGGCAUCUCCAUUCUCUCUCCCCCCGCUUUCUCUCUUUAGUCCCACAAUGCUCUGACCUCUCAACCUCUGUUCAGCCUCCCUCCCCUCACAGGAAGAAAGGCUGGGCUUUUCAAAUUGGUAGCAAUAAUCAUGGUUCUGAUAUGGAUAUUUUAUAAACUCAUAAAAUGAUCAAAACAAAGGUGGUUUUGGAGGGAUAAUGCUGGCUCGGUCUUGGAAGGAUAAAUGAACUGAUGAAGUUAGUUAAUCUCUUUGCAAUGCAAAAGAUAAGAUGGCCUCUAACCAAACCACAUUACUCCAAUUAUUUAACAACAAAUGGACCACCCAAUCCAGUUUUCCCACUACCCAUGCAGAUUUGCUAGUCUUCUAUUUUAUAGAGUACCCUCUUACCCCUUUAUUCCCUUUAUCUACUCUUAGCCCUACAUAUGGCCCAUUUAUGUCUAUCCAUCUCCCUGAAACGUUAUCUAUACCUUCCCUGGGUUGGGUGAAAGUUGGAGCUGUGGAGUUGACAUCUUGCUAGGUGACCUGGUGCCAGGCCAUCUUAUUUGGUGCUAGAAGGGGGAGGAGCUCCAGGGAGCUGCCAGCUCAUCGCCAGGCCAGCCCCCCUGCACUGUGGCUCCUCCCCCCGCGCGCUCGCUAGGCCCGGUGGAGUGUGCGCGCUAAGAGCUGCCUUCCUGACGCCCCAAUCAGAGGCUCGACACGACCCCACAGUGCUCUCAAAAUCCAGGCCUAGGGCUGCUCCCCCAUGUGAUCAGAAACAGCCAAUGUUGCCACUAGUGCCAACUGGGCCCUGCUGGUUAUCUUAUCUGACGCUCCCUGCUGUCUUAGCGUGGGUGAAUAGUAAGAGUAUGAAAACGUGGUACAGUCCUAUCACACACACACCCCUCCUUACAAGAGCCUGUAGUACGGUCCGAUGCUGCGUCAGGCAGACAGCUCACAAUCUGCACUCCGCCGCCCGCGUUCAGUUGGCUGGGUUAGAGAGAAACGCACGCUCAGCAACCAGCGUUGACCUCUUUAUUUCAGCGCUACCUAUGGAGGCUUCUAGAUACCCAAUCAUUACACACCAAGGCUUUUCUUCUCACUCCCCAUUGGCCAGGAUUCAGGAACAACCGGACAAAGAAAAAGCAUUAAAAAAGAACAUUUUUGAAGAAGAGGUUGAAGGAAAGCGUAUGCUAUGACAUAAUAUUCCCAAAGAAAUGUGAUCAGUUCAUUUGAUGAAGAUCAAGCUAGUUAUCCUCCCUCCUUUCUCCUAGCUUGGCCAUACUAUAAUAUUAGUGAUUGAUAAAACACAUUAUCAAAGCCUUUCUUCCCUCCUGCCCUCCCGGAGCAUCCAUUAUUUGUCUCGGAAAAUACAAUAAACAUUGCGUGAGUGUAAACAGAGCAGGUUGUCUUUUACUUGUGCUUUUUUUUUUUUUAAAGGACAUUUUAAUUAAUUUCCAUAUGAGAAUAAAAAAAAUAAUUGUGUAUUGUUUGCGAACUUUUACUAACGCUGUUGUUUUAUUUUGUCUCUUGGUUUUUUUUUCCACGACUGAUGAUGUUAUUUAGAAGGUUGUUUCAGGUGGGUGAUGAUGUUACUCCUGCUACCGUACCCUAGGUGCCCUGGCUGAAACACGGAUCACUAGGGCAGCAUCAGUCCUCAACCGCCUGCUGCUGAGGCUGCCGCCCGCCCCUCUGACAAAGUCCAAACAAUAUGGCGUGUUACCUGAAGGCUAUUGAGACUCAGCCCAACUUUGCAGUGGCUUGGAGCAACCUGGGUUGUGUGUUCAACGCCCAGGGGGAGAUAUGGUUGGCCAUACACCACUUUGAGAAGGCUGUGACUCUGGAUCCCAACUUCCUGGAUGCCUACAUCAACUUGGGCAAUGUUCUGAAAGAGGCUCGCAUCUUUGACAGAGCAGUAGCUGGCUACCUGCGCGCCCUCAGCCUGAGCCCAAACCACGCCGUCGUCCACGGCAACCUGGCGUGCGUCUACUACGAGCAGGGCCUUAUCGACCUGGCCAUCGACACGUACCGCCGCGCCAUCGAGCUGCAGCCCCACUUCCCCGACGCCUACUGUAACCUGGCCAACGCCCUCAAGGAGAAGGGCAAUGUAAGGAAGAACACGGUAUCCGAGGCUGAGGAGUGUUACAACACGGCCCUGCGUCUGUGUCCCACCCACGCCGACUCUCUCAACAACCUGGCCAACAUCAAGAGGGAGCAGGGCAACAUCGAGGACGCCGUCCAGCUCUACAGGAAAGCCCUAGAGGUGUUUCCAGAGUUUGCAGCGGCCCACUCUAACCUGGCCAGUGUUCUGCAGCAGCAGGGGAAACUCCAGGAGGCCCUCAUGCACUACAAGGAGGCCAUCAGAAUCAGCCCUACUUUUGCUGAUGCCUACUCGAACAUGGGCAACACUCUGAAGGAGAUGCAGGAUGUCCAGGGAGCGUUACAGUGCUACACCAGAGCCAUCCAGAUCAACCCUGCCUUUGCUGAUGCUCACUCUAACCUGGCCUCCAUACACAAGGACUCUGGUAACAUCCCAGAAGCCAUUGCUUCUUACCGUACAGCCCUGAAACUGAAGCCUGACUUCCCUGAUGCCUACUGCAACCUGGCACACUGCCUGCAGAUUGUGUGUGACUGGACGGACUAUGAUGAGCGUAUGAAGAAGCUGGUGAGCAUCGUGGCUGACCAGUUGGAUAAGAACCGUCUGCCCUCGGUGCACCCCCACCACAGCAUGUUAUACCCGCUCUCUCACGGCUUCCGCAAGGCCAUCGCUGAGAGGCACGGCAACCUCUGUCUGGACAAGGUACAGGCCCUCAUCAAAAUCAAUGCGCUCCACAAGCCGGCGUUUGAGUACCCCAAGGACCUGAAGGCCAGCGCGGGUCGUCUGAGGGUGGGAUAUGUCAGCUCUGACUUCGGGAACCACCCCACCUCCCACCUCAUGCAGUCCAUCCCCGGCAUGCACAACUCUGAGCAGUUUGAGGUGUUCUGCUAUGCCCUGAGCCCAGAUGACAACACCAACUUCAGGGUUAAGGUGGUGGCCGAGGCCCAUCACUUCACUGACCUGUCACAGCUCCCGUGUAACGGUAAGGCAGCAGACAGGAUCCAUCAGGAUGGACUCCACAUCCUGGUCAAUAUGAACGGCUACACCAAAGGAGCCCGCAACGAGCUGUUUGCCCUGCGCCCCGCUCCCAUCCAGUGUAUGUGGUUGGGCUACCCGGGGACCAGCGGAGCUCCCUUCAUGGACUACAUCGUGUCAGACAAGGAGACGUCCCCCAUCGAGGUGGCAGAGCAGUACUCUGAGAAACUAGCCUACAUGCCACACACCUUCUUCAUUGGAGACCACGCGAACAUGUUCCCCCACCUCAAGAAAAAGGCGGUGAUUGACUUCAAGUCCAACGGCCACAUCUUUGACAACCGCAUCGUUCUGAAUGGCAUCGACCUCAAGGCCUUCCUGGACAGCCUGCCUGACGUUAAGGUGGUCAAGAUGAAGUGUGCCAGUGGGGACAGUGGAGUAGCAGAAACCAACGGGGCUCUGUCCAUGCCCGUCAUCCCCAUGAACACAGCAGCUGAGGCCAUCAUCAACAUGAUCAACCAGGGACAGAUUCAGGUCACCAUCAACGGGUUCACCGUCAGCAAUGGACUGGCCACCACACAGAUCAACAACAAGGCAGCUACAGGAGAGGAGGUUCCUCGUACCAUCGUCGUGACAACCCGCUCCCAGUACGGCCUGCCUGAAGACUCCAUAGUCUACUGCAACUUCAACCAGCUCUACAAGAUUGACCCCCCCACCCUGCAGAUGUGGGCCAAUAUCCUGAAGCGUGUUCCCAACAGUGUUCUGUGGUUGCUGCGUUUCCCUGCGGUGGGCGAGCCCAACAUCCAGCAGUACGCCCAGAACUUCGGCCUGCCCGCCUCACGCAUCAUCUUCUCUCCCGUGGCGCCCAAGGAGGAGCACGUGAGACGGGGCCAGCUGGCCGACGUGUGUCUGGACACGCCACUCUGUAACGGACACACCACUGGCAUGGACGUCCUCUGGGCCGGGACACCCAUGGUUACCAUGCCAGGUGAGACCCUGGCGUCACGCGUGGCAGCCUCUCAGCUGCAGUGUCUGGGCUGUCCUGAGCUCAUCGCCCACACCAGACAGGAGUAUGAGGACGUGGCCGUCAAACUGGGCUCUGACAUGGAAUAUCUGAAGAUGACCCGGUCCCGUGUGUGGAAGCAACGUAUCUGCAGCCCUCUGUUCAACACCAAGCAGUACACUAUGGAUCUGGAGAAGCUCUACCUGCAGAUGUGGGAGCGCCACGCCAGCGGAGGCAAGCCAGACCACCUGGUCAAUCUGCAGCCCAUCGAGAGCAGCGAGAGCGCCUGAAGUCCCAGACCCAGGGUGGGUCCCAAAUGGCACCCGAUUCCCUAUUUGGAACUCUGACCCCCAUUCGCCCCUAACCCACCACUCUGCCCCUCCUGUCCAAAGCCUAGCGCCUAUCUGCUCCCCUUCAACCCUGCUUCCCUCCCCUGUGACUUGGACUCUUGUCUGUUGUAGAGCCUGCAGGUGUGUCCCCCCUCCCUCCUUCACUCUAGUCAUCAUAUCCCAUCUAUCUGUUUCCCUGAGCCAGGCUGAGCCAGAACCACUCUGCUCUUCACCUGAGACUCUUUCCCCAAACCACAGCAUCCACACUGGAUAUGAGAGGAGGAACACCCCCUCUCCCGCCAUCAGCGCCUGGAAGUGACUCCCCAUGGCUUUUUCUCUUCUCUUCUCUCUCUCUCUGUCUGUGUGUGUGUGUGUGUGUGUGUGGGACUCGUUAGGGCUUUGAGGUUUGAGAGCCAGUCCCAAACCUCCAUGCAGCAGUUUGAUCUCCAUGUAAUAAUUGGAUCUGGAAUAAGAGGUUGAUGUAAGAGUAUAUAAAGGGACUGUUGCACCACAGUCUGAACAUCUAGUGAUUUAACUCUUGUCUUGAACUAAAAACAUUUGAAUCCGCUUAAGUUGUCUUUAGUUUGCAGCUGCUCUUGGUUUUUCUCUUCUGUUAUGCUAUUGGUAACUGCCAGGAUAAGAGUAGAUAGAUUCUUUAUCAGAUUUCAGAGAGAAACAUCAUAACCACUCCCUUCCCCCACCACCAAAUGCCAACUUAAGGAUUUUGUCAAUGUAAGAAAACCAAACUCAAUGGCUUUGUUUGAUGUCACGCACUAUGCUUGUUAAGACCAGGACCGUAUGGAUAAACUGAACAGACAGGAGUUUGUCAGUACUACCCAUUGGAAAAGCCCUGUAUUUCUGUCACCCUUAGUUAUACCCUCCCCUCUCCCCAAGUAAUGAUUGAUUAUCACUCAAACCAGGAAUGGCCUAGGUAAGUAUUUUAGAAGCAGUUUUUGUUUUGUACUCGUCUCUUGUUUUAUUGAUGCUCAGUCUGGUAUGCUACAAGGCUCUGACUCCAUUAAUGUUGAAAUAAAGAAAUACGGCAAACCUC